AUCAACUGUAUAACAGCGCAAUCGUCGUUUUCCCUCUCGAGUCUAGUGUCUUCUCGCUCCAACUCCAAUAUGAAAGCAUUGUCCCUUCAGAUUCAACCGAAAACUCCUUUCCCUCGUCUUCGUCUCUUCCACCUCAAACCAAAGCCCCUUUCCUCUCCUCCCAUUUCCAGAACCCAUAACCCUAUUCUCAAACUCCCUUCAAACACCCAACUCAAACCCCUCAAUUCCUCCAACCUUCCCUCUCUCCUCCCUUUCACCCAACAAAAUCCCAAACCGAAUCCAAUUUCCCACACAUUCCACUCUCUUUCCACAAUCAGACCCUAUGUUCUUUCCCAGCACAAGCUCAUCCUUCUUGGCUGGCUAUGCAGCUUCGUCUCUGUUCUCUCCCUUACCAACCUCGUCCCAAAGUUUGGGAAAUUCUCCGCAACCAUUGGGAAAGUCGAUGUCGUUGCACUCAGGAAUGAGGGGCUGGUGCUCGCUGCUCUCUUAUUGGCCAAGCUGAUUGCCACGUACUGGCAGCAUGCGCUUUUGUGGGAGGCAGCGCUUAAUGCUGGUUAUAAGAUCAGGGUUCAUGCUUUCGAGAGGGUUUUGCAUAGGGAAUUGGGGUUUUUUGAGGGAGGGAGUGGGGUUUCAACUGGUGAUAUUGCUUACAGAAUUACUGCUGAAGCUGCGGAUGUUGCUGACACUUUGUAUGCGCUUCUCAAUACCACUGUGCCUAGCGCUCUGCAGUUAUCAGCUAUGGCAACACAGAUGUGGGCUAUCAGCCCUGUCCUAUCCCUGAUUUCAGCCACGGUAAUACCAUGUAUGGCUCUUGUUAUUGCAUAUCUUGGUGAAAGGCUUCGUAAGAUAUCAAAGAAGGCACAUCUUAGCAUUGCAACUCUUUCAGCUCACCUGAAUGAGGUCCUCCCAGCCAUUGUUUUUGUGAAAGCAAACAAUGCAGAGCUAUGUGAGAGUGCCAGGUUUCAAAGGCUUGCUUAUGCUGACCUAUCUGAACAUCUUAAAAAGAAGAAAAUGAAGGCGCUUAUCCCCCAGAUCAUACAGAUUAUUUAUUUUGGAGCAUUAUUUACUCUUUGUUGUGGAUCACUGGUGAUUUCGCGUGGUUGUUUUGAUGGCUGUAGCUUGGUUUCUUUUGUAACAUCUUUGGUUUUCUUGAUUGAGCCAAUCCAGGAUGUUGGAAAAGCAUACAAUGAGUGGAAGCAAGGGGAACCAGCUAUUGAACGGUUGUUUGAUUUGAUCAGUUUUAAAUCUAAGGUGAUUGAGAAACCAGAUGCUGUUGAUCUGGCCAAUGUUACAGGAGAUAUCAAAUUUUGUGAUAUCUCAUUUAAGUAUGGUGACAAUAGGCCUUUUGUUUUGAACUCAUUGAACCUUCAUAUUAAAGCUGGAGAGACAGUAGCUCUGGUUGGCCCAUCUGGAGGAGGAAAGACAACCCUUGUUAAAUUGCUUCUUCGACUUUAUGAUCCUUUAUCUGGUUGUAUACUUGUUGAUGACCAAAAUAUUCAAAACAUCCGGUUGGAAAGUUUGAGGAGGCAUGUUGGUUUGGUUUCUCAAGAUAUAUCACUUUUUUCUGGAACGGUUGCUGAAAACAUUGGAUAUAGGGAUCUGAUGACAGAAAUAGACACGGAGAAGGUCGAGGCGGCAGCAAGAAUUGCAAAUGCUGAUGAAUUUAUUAGAAUGCUUCCCAAAGGGUACAAAACAUAUAUUGGACCAAGGGGGUCAAGUUUAAGCGGUGGCCAAAAACAAAGAGUAGCUAUUGCAAGGGCACUCUAUCAGGAUUCUUCCAUACUGAUUUUGGAUGAGGCAACUUCUGCUCUAGAUAGCAGGUCUGAGUUAUUAGUGAGGCAAGCUGUGCAGCAUUUAAUGGAAAAUCAUACUGUGCUUGUGAUUGCUCAUCGGUUGGAAACAGUUAUGAUGGCUAAACGAGUAUUCAUUUUAGAUGGUGGCAAACUUGAGGAGCUGACUAGCUCAAAUCUUUUUGGUGGUCACAGCAAUUCUGGGUCAUCGACUGGACUUGUGGUUUGAGGGCAUGGAAAUAUGUGGCACAGGCAGUAAAGAGUACAUACAUAGAUAUAAGCUUUUCUUUUUUCUUUUUUUAACUAGAUAGGCAUAGGCAUUUUCAGCAUACUGGAAGUUAAAAGUUUUGCUCAACAUUUUCAGUUGUCCGUAUCUAUGUAAUAUAUAAAAGCUGAAGCAAGAAAGCAAUACUGCUUAGGAAUAGUGGUCCUAUGUCCUUUUCUCCCCUUCCUUGUAUACUUUUUCCAUCUUUAUUCUUGAUGUGUUUCCACUUCUA